AUGGCUUCCUAUUUUAAUAAAUAUCAAUGGACUGGCUACACGCUUCUCGUGAUGGCCAUUUACUGGGUGACUGAAUGUAUUCCGCUGGCGGUCACAUCAUUCAUACCAUUAGUGAUAUUUCCUUUGACAGAUGUAAUGUCUACGAAAGAAUGCUGCUUUACUUAUAUCAACGAUUCUGUCAUGAUGUUUUUAGGAAGUCUGGUUUUAGCUUAUUCUGUGGAACAAUCUGGCCUUCAUAAACGUCUGGCAUACUUCGCUAUACAGCUUAUAGGUUACUCGCACCUGAAAUUACUCUUGGCCAUGUGUUGCGUCACAACCUUUGCUUCAAUGUGGAUUACUAAUACUGCUGCGACAACUAUGAUGGUUCCUAUUAAUUUUGCCGUAUUAAAAGUGUUUGAAGAUCAAAAAGUAAUAAAAGUUUUUGAGAAAAACUCGGACGGCGACCUGGUUGCAAGUGAUACGACUGCUUGUUAUUUCUGUGCAGCUACAUUCUCAGCAACUGUUGGUGGCAUUGGCACUUUAGUAGGUACUGGAACGAAUUUAGUGUUCAAAGGACUGUUUAUGCAAUCGUAUUUGGAGGCUCCAGAAUAUUUGUCGUUCCCGAAAUUCUCAUUCUUUGCUGUUCCAUUCAUGAUUGUAUUAGAAACAUUUGUUUAUUUAUAUAUGGCAGUCACGUACUUUGGAUUCUUAAGACCUGGUAGCGAAGCAGCAAAAAAAGCAAAAAUACCAUUAGUCGCACAAAAUGCUGCAAAGACUGCUAUUGCUGCCGAUGUUAAAAAAAGAGGAGCAAUAUCUUACUGGGAAGGGAUGGUCUGCAUUCUAUUUGGUGGUGCUAUGGUAUCGUUCUUCUGUCGUUCACCUCAACUCUUUAAGGGUUGGGGAGAUAUUCUCAUCGAAUACUUUGAUGUCGAUGAUAAAAAAUUCAUCCGUGAUUCUGCUCUAGCUAUGUUUGUCGGAUUCUUGAUGUUACUUUUGCCACGAACUUUAAGCUUUUUCUCCAACUUUACAGUGAAGUACAAAGAAGACAUGCCGAAAGGCAAGGCACUAAGCGUUUUGGACUGGGGCUUGUUGAACACUCAAAUGCCAUUCGCUUUCAGUUUCUUGUUAGGUGGGGGAUUUGCAUUAUCAAGUGCCGCCAAAUCUUCGGGUUUGAACGCUAAACUCGGAGAAUCAAUGCAGAUAUUGAAACCCUUGCCGAAUCCGAUGGUUCUUCUCAUUAUAGUUGUCGUUGUAGUUCUUGUUACAAAUUUUGCAUCUAACGUGGCUGUGUGUAAUGUGUUUACGCCUAUAGCCAUGCAACUGGCAAAAGAAAUUAACCAAAAUCCUUUGUGGUAUGCCAUUACUUCUGGAUACGCUGCUUCCUUCUGCUUCAUGAUACCUGUAGGAACUCCUGGAAACCUUAUAGCGCAGAGUGCUGCUAAAAUUCCGACUGCAAAAAUGAUUGUAGCUGGUUUUGGGCCUACCCUUAGUACUAUGGCCCUAACAUGGAUAGCAAUGAACACAUAUGCACCUAUCAUUUGGCCAGAUCUAAGAGAAAUGCCUGAUUGGAUUGCCGCUGCUAAAGUAGAAGAAUAG